AUGCCUGCUGAAGGGUCUUCUAGUGAAGACAAUUUGGUGCAGUGCUAUAACAAAGGUUGUGGGCAGAAGUUUGAUCCACAGAACAACACCACAGAGUCUUGUUUAUAUCACCCUGGUCCGCCCUACUUCCACGAUGCUUAUAAGAUUUGGAAUUGUUGUAAUAAGAAAAGCACCGACUUUGGAACCUGGCUUAACUUUCCGGGAUGUACUCGUGGUAAACACAACGGAGAAAAACCUGCUGAUAUUGUGAAAGUGGCCGCCGUGAAGGAGAUCCGACCAGAAAAGGAAGAAGAUGUCAUCGUAUGGAAGGGAUUGAAUAAACCAGCUGAACGGAAAGCUGAAGAAGAAAGGAAAGAAGUCGCGUUGAAGAUAGACGUCACUCCUGGUGCUCAGGCGGCUUUGCAACGCUAUCGUGAGCAACAGGGGAACUAUCCAGCUAGUAAUGAACUUCGGAUCGGAGCUCCAUGCAGAAAUAAUGCAUGCGAUAAGUCGUAUUCGGGCCCUGAAUCAGACGCUACGCCUUGUAUCCACCAUCCAGGUCAGGCUAUCUUUCAUGAAGGCAUGAAGUACUGGUCUUGUUGUGAGAAGAAGACGUCGAAUUUCAACGCGUUUUUGGCACAAGCCGGCUGCCAAAAAGGAAAACAUCAGUGGAGCGCUAAUGAAAAAGUUGAAAACAUACGAGAUGACUGGUUUUCCAGCAAUGGAACUAUCACCAUUAAUGUUUACUGCAAAGGUGCGGUUCCUGAUGACGUCCGGGUGACCAGCGACGGCCAGAUGUUACGUCUUCACAUCGUUCAUGGCUUUGGAAAGAAAGAAACGGACCUCCUCUACGAUCUGUGGGGAGAAAUAGUAUGUAGCGAAAGUCGUGCAGUAGUGGGAGAAAGAAAGGUAGAAAUUAUCAUGAAGCAGAAAGACGUGGCCGGUUGGCCUCGAUUACGUUAUGAUCCUGCCUUAGACGGGAAAGACAAUGCGGAGGAAAUUGCGGCAGAAUGA